AACCAACUCAUGUUUUAGCUUAUAAUUCAUCAAAACAGAAAGCGGCUCAGUUUACUGCAGUUACUGCUUUUGACCACCAGGUGCCGCCUUCCACCCGUAAUGGUUUGGCAACAAGCCAUCUCCGGGGAAUCCCACGCUUUCAGCUGAACACCUGAACGCACCGGCAGCUCCCAGAAGAGUCGAGUGGGAGUGAGACUGUGGGAGUUCCUCAGAGAGCCAUGCAGCGGGAGCUCCUGUUCAAAGUGUUGGUCAUCGGCGACUUGGGGGUGGGCAAGACGUCCAUCAUUAAGCGGUACGUCCACCACAUCUUUUCGCAGCAUUACCGAGCCACCAUCGGGGUGGACUUCGCCCUUAAGGUGCUUCAGUGGGGCCACAACAUCGUCAUCCGUCUUCAGCUGUGGGACAUAGCAGGACAGGAGCGCUACGGCAACAUGACGCGUGUCUACUACCGCGAGGCCGUGGGCGCGCUGGUGGUCUUUGACAUCACACGAGCGUCCACCUUCGACGCUGUGCUCAAGUGGAAGGACGACCUGGACUCCAAGGUGACGCUGAACCACGGCAGGCCCAUUCCGGCCGUCCUCUUAGCCAACAAGGCAGACCAGGCGACGUGCCAGCAACCCAAACUGGACGCCUUCUGCCGCGAGAACGGCUUCAUCGGCUGGUUCGGGACUUCGGCCAAGGACAACACAAACAUUGAGGAGGCAACACGCUUCUUGGUGGAGCACAUUCUGAACAACGAGGAGAGUCCGCUGACCGAGCGGGAGCCCCCCUCCCUCGUGCUGUCCGGGUACGCCAACGCCACCAAGCAGCACCUCAACUGCUCAUCUUGUUCCAAAUGACAACUCCCUGACCAAUCAGAGACAACCGUAAAGUGAACGUCAUCUGCUACAGAGGAAACAGCUUUCAGUUCAACUCCAUACAGCCUUCAGGUUUUUAUGUUAAAUUGGUGCUUUCUUUCCUUUUUGCAAUUUCCUGCCUGACAGUGCUGGAACCACUGUCUGCACGUUUCUUGUGGGAUCUGUGUGACACUUCAUUAGGUACACCUGCGCAAACAAAGAGCUGUAUUAAAAAUAUACGUACUUUCGUCGCUCCUUUAUCGCUGGUAAUUGGUUCCGCACAAGACUGCAAUAAAUGAAUUACCGCAAAGUAGGAAUCAAUUUUAAAUUAAACAUUUUAAUAGCUAGAGAUAGGCUCCAGCAACCCCCGCAACUCCGAAAGGGACAAGCGGUAGAAAGUGGAUGGAUGGUAUAGCUAGAGCAUAAAAAAACCUGUUAACAACCUUCUAAAUAUAUCUUUUAACAUAAUGAGAGAAAUAACACCAUUUAGUUACCUUUACACUCUUUUAAUCCAAUACAGUAAUGCUGCCUGCGGCUGAGCCAAUCAGUGG